CAUGUAGUUGGGUGGUGAUGAUUUGAUUGAAACCAAACCACUCGCCGUAUGGCUUCGACACUUUUGAAGAUCAUGUUUCUGAUUUUUUUCUUUUAUAUAUAUAUAUAAAACCAAAAAAUUAGGUAAGGUUAUUUGUAUUCUGUACAGAAUGAAAAAAAAAAAAAAAGAGUUGUAUUGUGGAUAACUUUUAAACAAUGUUCAUAGUAAUGUUUGUAAUAAUUCAUAAAAUUUUGAUUUAUUGGGGACAUUGUCUUGUGUUAGCCGUGGAUGUAGAAAAUUUCAGAGACAAGUCUUACUGCUCCUCUUGACAAGUCAAACCUACUCUUCCUAAUGCAGCACAACUAUUUAAUUAUGACUAAAAUUAGAAUUUAGACAGCAACAAGUGUUGGUCCAGAUGUUAAGAAUUUGAUCAAUAAUCUACAAGAUUGUGAGAUCAAAUCUUAAUAAAUUUAUGCUGGGUGAUUUGCAGAGGCAUAUCUUAGUUUUUGUGAACCAGCUCACCAAAAUUUUCUGCUGCUAAAAAAAAUUAGAACUUAGGCUCAUUGGUUAAAAUUGAAGUUGGCCCACAUUAUUUAUGACUUGAGAAUAAACUUAUAAUUAACGCACCUCAUUUCUUAGACUUUAUAUAAUAUUUGCUCACACUAGUUCAUAUAAAUGAUAAUGUAGAUGAUUAAUAUUGAUUGAGUGGAGUGGAACGGACUCGAUUCUCUUUAAGUCAUGCGUUUGAAUAUUGUGGUUUAGAUCUGAUAAUGUUUAAGUAUGAUUGAAUAGUAUGGAAUAACAAUGAACACAUUGAGUAUACAAAAAAUGAGAUCAGCACCACCAACAGGCAUUAGUCCUAAUAUAAGGGACUAUGAUCGCUUAAAACGAGGUCUCGAAUUUGAGUACAUAUGAAUAAGAAAACAGCUAAAAAAGAAUGAGAUCAGCACCAAAUCCAACCGUUUGGCCUCAUCCCUUCAAUGUUCUGUCAGUAUUCUUACUUCACCUGAGAGAUUUCAUCAUUCAAAAUUCAACUUGCCUCUUUUGUUUCUCUCUGCGUUGCAAAAGUUGAAUAUCUCAUUGUGCCUUGAAAAGCUCAAUGACCAUAAACAGCCGCUUUCUCUAUCACAUGCUCAUUUAAACUACCUUCCUGCUUCUCUCUCUCUCUCUCUCUCUCUGCGCCUACCCUCUUUGAAUGUGACUGUUCUAAAUAUUAGUCUAAUAUAAUUUUCUUAAGUAUAUUCACAAUCUCUGUGUCACACUUUUUGCUUCACUCAGUUUAAGUCAUGUUUGGCACGAAGGAGCCAUUUUUGACGAAAAUGAUAAGAGAGAGGGAGAGGGAGAGGGAGAGGGUUCCCUACUUCCUUCAUUAGAAUUAUAAUUAUUGUGUACCAAACAAUUAAGAAUUUAAGAUAGAGAUUUCUCUCUCCUUGUACCCCUUUCUUGAAUCUUCCUUCACUCAUACGAAACAUGACCUAAGGAGAAUUAAAAAAGGAAAUCUUCAACCAGAGGUGAGGACUCUAUUUUUUAUUUAUUUCAUGGCACAGAGAGGUCUGCACAAUGCAAGCCAAGUGUUUAGUUCUCCCAUACACAGAUAACAUUUUUAAAUCAGUUCAAGCAGCAUCAGUAUCAGCAUAGUUUGUCUUCUUAAAUACAGUCACCUCAGGCCAUUAUAUGAACCUCAGACAUAGUAGCUAUCUUCUUCUCCAUUGGCUUCCACUGAGUUCUACACAGACAUGGCAGUCCAAAACUCUCUCCAAAUAACUUCUUCUUGUGCUUAUGAUGAUGAUGGACGUGCCAAAAGAACUGGAACUUUGUGGAGUGCUGCGUCUCAUAUCAUUACUGCUAUUAUUGGUUCUGGUGUUUUGUCUCUGGCUUGGAGUGCUUCUCUGUUGGGUUGGAUUGCAGGGCCUCUUUCCUUGCUUUUCUUUGCUAUUGUCACCUACAUCUUUUCCUCCCUCCUUUCUGAUUGUUACAGAACUCUAGAUCCUGUUUCUGGCAAGAGAAACUACUCUUAUAGGGAUGCUGUUAGAACCUAUCUUGGCCAAAAACGUACAUGGUUGGCUGGUUUCCUUCAAUAUUUGAACUUGUAUGGGACUAGUAUCGCUUACGUUAUUACCACAGCAACCUGUCUGAGGGCAAUUCUGAAGUCAAACUGUUAUCACAAGUAUGGACACAAAGCUCCUUGUCACUAUGGAGAAACCUUGUUCAUGGUGCUGUUUGGAGUUGUUCAGUUCUUUAUGUCAUUCAUACCAGAUCUUCAUACUAUGGCAUGGGUUUCAGUUGUUGCUGCAAUUAUGUCAUUUUCAUAUUCUUUUAUUGGGCUAGGACUUGGCAUUGCAAAAGUUAUUGAAAAUGGGACAAUUAAGGGGAGCAUAACAGGAGUACCAACUAGUAAUGCUGUUGAGAAACUAUGGUUAGUGUUCCAAGCACUUGGUGACAUUGCCUUUGCCUAUCCAUACUCAGUGCUUAUUCUUGAAAUACAAGAUACACUGAAGUCUCCUCCACCUGAAAAUCAGACCAUGAAGAAGGCCUCAAUGAUAUCAGUCUCUGUCACAACCUUCUUCUAUCUUUGUUGUGGAUGCUUUGGAUAUGCGGCAUUCGGAAAUGAUACGCCAGGAAACCUAUUGACAGGCUUUGGCUUCUACGAGCCUUACUGGCUCAUCGACUUUGCAAAUGCUUGUAUUGUUGUUCAUUUGGUGGGAGGAUAUCAGAUAUACAGUCAGCCAAUAUUUGCAGCUGCUGAUAGAUGGUUUCCAAGGAGGUUCCCAGACAGUAACUUUGUGAACAAGUUUUACAGAGUGAAACUCCCUCUCCUGCCUAUGUUUCAGCUGAGUCUGUUCAGGCUUUGUUUCAGAACACUGUAUGUGAUUUCCACCACAGGCAUAGCCAUCCUCUUCCCUUACUUCAACGAAGUCCUUGGAGUGUUAGGAGCUUUGAACUUUUGGCCAUUGACCAUAUACUUCCCUGUGGAGAUGUACUUUGUGCAGAAGAAAAUUGGUGCUUGGACCACAAAAUGGAUUGUUCUUAGAUCCUUUAGCUUUAUUUGCUUCAUUAUCAGUGUUCUGGGAUUUGUUGGGUCUGUUGAAGGAAUCAUCAAAGAGAAACUAAGCUCAUAGGAUGAUGGUAUGAGGGUCACAUUGUUCUCAACAAUUUUUUUGAGAAAUAUAUCACACACAAAUAUAUCACACUGAGAAAGAGUGCUUAUACCUUGAAUAAUAUCUUGUAAGUCCACUGAUAUACAGUCUUAUGAAUUUUCAGUCCAAUACACGUAACGAAGAUCUUAUUUAA